UCGGUUUAGUCUCUGUUUUCGGCACGUUUAUGCUGCCUCGCUGCCUCCAUUCAUGAUGCACCAUUCAUGCAUCCCUAAGAAUGGAAGCACACAGCGAGGAAAACAUUAUAAUAGCCUGCAUUAGCCCUGCUGGCUGGCCUUUAUUUGACACAUUGGCGCUCAUUUGAUGUAGCUUCUUUUCAUGUAGGUCAAGGUGAUGAAGAGCCCGAUUUAUUCUUUUUAGGGCACCGCGCGAAUGUAGGGCUAAUACAGGAAAAAGCCAAGCAAACAAAGGCAUCCAGCACCCCCUCCUCUGACGCACCUGGCUGCCCUGUCGCUGCUUGACAUGACAGCGCAGAGCCAGGCGCAGAGCAUCAGCAGGAUCAAGGGGCACCGACGUGCAGCCGGACGUGUGGACUCGACGAGGAGCAGAGGAGCCUCCGGACGCACGGCGGAGGAGCAGCAGCAGCAGCCCAGGGGAGGCCGGAUUGCAGUUUCUGGGGACGAGCGCCAAGGGCAGUGCGGCAGUCAGCAGGCAGACCGGGGGGAGGAGGCACCAGAGAUCUGUGAUACUUCCCCCCCAGGCCCCACUUUCUCUCUCUCACCUCCAUACCAUCCUGAAAAUAUGCUUGUGGAUGUUCUUAUGUUUCAUCAAUGGUGACUGGGACACUCCCCAUCUUUUUUAUCCUCCUCUGUUUUCCACCCAAACCAAUCAUUGAUGAUGGGCAAUUAAAGGAAUAGAUCUGCUCUUCCAGCAAGGGUGGAAUCAGGAGGGGACUGAUGUGCAUACUGGCCAGGAAACAUUUGCUCCCUCCUCUGGUUUUGCUUAUUUUGCUCGCCGCCUGCACUAUGGGCUGUAUUCAGAGCAUCGCAUGCAAGCCCCGCAUCAGACGGGAGAACAUAGUGGUGUAUGAGGUGUCAGCCUCCAUUGACCAGUGUCCCACCAUCAUCGAGGAGAACUCACCGAUUGUGCUCCGCUACAAGACGCCUUACUUCAGGGCCUCAGCGGGGGUUGUGAUGCCACCCGUGCCCCGCAACGAGACCUGGGUGGUGGGCUGGAUCCAGGCUUGCACUCAGAUGGAGUUCUACAACACAUAUGGGGAUAUUGGAAUGUCCAGCUGGGAGCUACCAGAGCUUCGAGAGGGUAGGGUCAAGGCUAUCAGCGACUCAGACGGCGUCAGCUAUCCCUGGUAUGGCAACACCACAGAGACAGUCACCCUGACUGGGCCCACAUCCAAACCGUCCCGUCUGACAGUCAGCAUGAACGACAACUUCUACCCCAGUGUGACCUGGGCAGUGCCCAUCAGCAACAGCAACACACCCAUGCUCACCCACAUCACCCGGGACCAGAGCUUCAUCACCUGGCUGGUGGCGAUGAACUCCGUCACAAAGGAGCGUAUCGUCUUGCAGACGGUGCGGUGGCGGAUGCGUGUGGACAUCGCCGUGGACCCUGACAUGCCUCUAGGAUCCCGAGCUUCAUUGAUGGGUCGACCCUAUCAGGAGCAGCCGCACAUCCUCAACUACCAGGAGCCCAUCCCUCCCAAUGCACUUGGGAGGCCCAACGCCAACGAUGCCCAAGUGCUCAUGUGGAGGCCGAGGAGGGGGGCACCACUUGUGGUCAUACCGCCAAAAUAAGAGACUGAAAUGCUGGCACAGACAAAAGUAUAAUCGUUCCCUCUUGCGUCAUGAGGGUGAUAAAGUCAUGAUGCCGCCAGGGAGGAGAGGACUGAUGGUUUCCCUGAGACCAGGAUGCCGGUGGCUCAUUAGUCCUGGAAGAUUUAAGAGAACCAUUAUAAAGAGCUGGAGUGGAUAUUAAAUCUUGGAUUUGGCACGACGUAGUGUCAGGGCCGGGGUUUCAUUAAGGCUUGUUUGGCUUGUGAUCAGUUCUUGACGACUUCAAAGAGUUCUGCCUGAUUUUUAGUGAAGAAGGAACAAUGUUUUUGGGACGAACCACAGAGGUAUCAGACCCCAACAAGAACUGCAUCCUGCAUCCUUAUGUAGAAGUUAUUGCAUGAGCCAGUGAGAGAGACACAACAAACUGCCCUUGAGAAGUUUAAGAAUAGCAUUUUUUGUAUAACUUGAUACCUGAAGAAAUUUUGAUUGAAAACCAGCCAACAAAAACCACCAAAAGAAAAAAAAGCAGGCUGGUUAAACCUCAUCAGUGCCAACAAAGGCCUU